AUGGCGGGCAGCAAAUAUGAAGAGGAGUACGACGACGAGGACGACGACGAAUACGAAGAGCAGGACGAUGAAGAGGAUGACGAGGAGCUCGAGGACGCCGCGGAGCCGCGUUACGGCCGCUCCCGUCCCCGGCUGGGAUCCAAGCGCAAGGCGGACAGGGACGCCGAGGAGGACGACGACCACCUGGGGGGGCGGAAUCGCGGCGACGCCAGGAAGUUCUUGGACAUCAUAGCCGGGGUGGACGACGGCGACGAGGAGAGCGAGGAGGAGGAGGGGGACCUGGACCUGAUCGCGGACAGGGACCUGAGGGAAGAAGACGAUGAGCUGCCGCAGACGCAGUCACACUUCUACCGACAGUUUCCGGUCAAUGACCAAGGUGUGGAGGAGCCUGAGGAUCUUGAAGAAUUCAUCAGGGACAGAUACAAGGACCACAAUUACGCGGAGCAGGCUGGGGAUUCCACCACAGCCUCCCAGCAGAACCUGCUCCCAACCCUGAAAGACCCCAAGCUCUGGGUAGUACACAUACGUCCUGGGCACGAAAAGACCAUCUGCAUACAGCUACUCAACAAGUUCCAUGCCUACACCAACCAAGGCAAACCCCUGCUCAUAAAGUCUGCGGUGUGCCUGGACCACCUCAAGGGGUACAUUUAUGUUGAGGCUGAGAAGGAGGCCCAUGUACGCGAGGCCCUCAAGGGCCUGCGGAACAUAUUUCACUCCAAGGGGGUCAAGCAGGUGCCCCUGUCAGAGAUGGUGGAUGCGAUCACUGUGAACAAGAUGGCAAAGAUGACUCUGGAGCGGGGAUCAUGGGUGCGGGUGCGGUCAGGAGCCUACCGGGGGGACCUGGCCAAGGUGCUAGACAUCGACUAUGCCAACUCCCGCCUUGUGAUCAAACUCAUCCCCCGAAUCGACCUCAGUUCCCUUCACCACCGGGAGGACAGGCGUGCGGUACCCUUUGGCCAGCAGCCCAAGGUGCGGCCCACGGCCAAGCCUUUCAGUGCCGACGAGGCACGGUCGCUGAACUUGCCAGUGGAGAGGAAGCGAGGGGGCAAUGGGGAGCACUUCCUGAUGGUGUUCAGCUACCAGUUUCAGAAUGGGUACCUGAUAAAGAAUGUGGCCAUGAAGUCGGUGGUGCCAGAAGACACGAUGCCACCGCUGGACGAGCUGCAGCGUUUCAACAUGGCAGGGCAGCUUAACAGGGAGGAGGGUCAGGAUGACGACAUGGAUCUGGCCAACCUGGGCCGCUCACUGCCCACCUCCAAGCAGGCGUACAAGAAAGGCGACAGGGUGGUGGUCACCAAGGGCGACCUGCAGAAGUUGACGGGCUUCGUGCACGAGAUCAAGGAGGAUGGAAAGGUGGAGGUGCGCUUGGACCACCAGGAGAUCAAGGAUGCCCUGCUGUUCGAUGGCGGGGAGCUGUGCAAGUUCUUCCAAGUGGGGGACCACGUGCGAGUGGAGGGAGGAAUGCACGAGGGCGAGAUGGGCAUGAUUUUGAAGGUGGAGGCCAACGGGGUGCAGUGCAGAGUCAUGUCGGACAUGACCAAGAAGGAGUUCAUGGUCUUUUCGAGGGAUUUGUCGAAAACAGAGCUGGCCCCCGUGGGCCUGGACUCGAUUGGCGACUACGAGCUGCACGACCUGGUGGAGCUGGACAGCAACACCUUUGGCGUGAUCGUGUACGUGGACAAGGACUUCUGCAAGGUGCUGGUGGCGGAGGGCACCCCAGACAAGCCCGAGGUGCGCGCGGCCCGGCUGGUGCAGAUCCGGCGCAAGAUGAACACGCGCCGUAGCACGACCAACGACUGCUUCGCCAACAGCGUGGGCGUGGGGGACGUGGUGGACGUGGCCAACGGGCCGAUGCGGGGCACCCACGGCACGGUGGAGUACAUCAUCAAGGGCUACUUGUUCAUCAAGUCGCAGGAGACGACCCAGAACAUGGGCUUCAUCGCGGUGCCAUCGCGGUCGUGCAAGGUGAGGGGGGGCAAGAAGACGGGCCCCACGAGCCGAGGCCUGACGCCAUCCCAGACGCCCUACCGCAGCUACGUGCCUCAGAGCCCCGGCUAUGGCCCGCAAUCCCCCAACCCACUGCGGUCCCCAGCAGGGCUUGCCAGCCCGGCUGGGUCGGCCUACAGCUUCGGCAACGGGGCCUUUGGCGGGGGCGGGGGCGGCUUUGGCGGGGGCGGCCGCUUCAAGGAGUCCCUGGUGGGCAAGACGGUGCGCAUCACCAAGGGCAUCCACUGGGGCAAGCGGGGCCGCGUGCUGAGCGAGACGGACACCCACGUCCGCAUGGAGCUGGACUCCAACAGCAUGGUGAUCACUAAGGACAUAAGGCAGCUGGAGCUCGACGACGGCAGCCGGCGCAAGCGCCGGUCCCGGCGCGCCGGAUCCGAGACCCCCUGGAACGGCGACCUCACCAAGACGCCCCUGCGCCCGCCCACUACGCCCGCCCACCCUCAGACGCCCUACCACCCCACCAUGACGCCCAUGCACCCGGGUCUGGGGGGCGCGCGCGGCACGCCGCGCGGAUCCGCCACCCCCUUGCACACCAGCAUGUUCAACAACGCCCCCGCGUCCGUCCUGAGCCCGGCGCAAGGCAGCAGCAGCGACGACGACGACCCUCCCGGCAGCUUCCGUCCGCCGCCGUCCAGCCAGCCGUCAUCGAUGCCCCCUCCCAGGCCCUCGGCGCCCUACACGCCGGUGCGCACGCCGGCCUUCCCCUCCCCCGGGGAUGCCCUGGCGGCAUCCACGCCGGCCGAUGCUCCCACCCCCGCUGACGUCCCCACCCCGGGAUCCUUGGUGGCGCCAUCGGCAGGAGGAUUCACGCCAUUGGAUGGCCGGACCCCGGGGCUUCUUCCGGCAAUCACCCCCGCUCCGCCGCCCACACAGACGCCCGGUUACACUCCAGGCGUGACUCCGGGCGUCACGCGCAGCAUCCCGCCCGCCAUGACCCCAGGCAUGACCCCCAGCAUGACCCCCGGCAUGACGCCCGGCAUGACCCCGGGCAUGACGCCCGGCAUGACUCCAGCAGGGGACUGCCCGGCGGGCGCGAUCGGCGGCGAUUCCGCUGCGGGCGCGUCCGAGGCAUCGCACAUGAUCGGCCUGCUUGUCCAGAUGGCCGAUGGCGGGCACGGUGUGGUGAAUGAUGUGAGCGGGGAUGGCAGCUUCGCCGUGGAACGGGUCAGCGAGGGCGAGCGGGGGGAGUUCGUGGAGACCGGCCGGGUCGAGGCGGCGUCGGUGGAUUCCGUGAGGCCGGUGCCGCCGCAGAAGCGCGACCACAUAAAGGUGCUGGAGGGGGAGUACCGGGGAAGGACGGGAGCUAUAGUGGGCGUGGACGGGCACGAAGGGAUUGUGAAGCUAGAUGGCAACUUCGCGAUCACGAUCAUUGACAUGAACAAACUGGGGCGCCUGUUGCGGCCACCGGAGCCGGGCGGGGAGGGGAGGGAGGCGGAGGCGGGUGGGGCGGAGAGCUGA